AUGUCAAAUAAGUCAAUGCUUAAAUUAAGUAAACAUUUUCAAACAGCGCAUUGCAGUCUUCAAGGAAAAGACGUAAAUAAUUUCAAAAGACUACUUGAGCAACAGACAAAGCAAGCAUUUGCUUUCAAAAGUAGAGUAACAUUGCCUGAAAAAGCUCAAAUUGCAUCUUAUCAAGUAUCGGAAAUGAUUGUUGUAAAGAUGAAGUCACAUAUACUCUUGCUGAAUCUAUUAUUUUUGCCUGCUUGCAGAAACAUGAUGAAGACUAUGUUAGGAGAGGAUGCCGAGAAACAAUUAAGUAAAAUUCCACUAUCAAAUGAUACUGUUCAUGGACGUAUUCUGGAAAUAUCUACCGAUAUUGAGGAAAAUGUUUGUCGUAAGAAACUUCCGGCAUACUUUGCGCUACAAGUUGAUGAAUCAACAGACAUAAGUAACAAAGCGCAAGUAAUGGCUUUUAUUCGCUUUACUGAUGGGGACAGAAUCGUAAAUCAGUAUCUUUGUUGCAAGGAAUUGUUUGCCACUACCAAAGGUGAAGAUAUUUUCCUUAUUUUGAAUAGUUAUUUUGAGAAAUUUUAUUUAUCCUGGGAGUCGUGUGUUGGAAUUUGUACUGAUGAAGCUCCAUCAAUGAUGGGUUCCAUUAAAGGUCUUGCAUCAUUUGUAAAGUAA